AUGAUGCAAGUCGGAAUCGUUGGCGGCGGCAUCGCCGGCCUGUAUACGUCACUGCUGUUGAAGCAACAAGGCCACUCAGUGGCCGUCUUCGAGUCCAACAGUAGAGUAGGUGGCAGAAUCUACACUCACUACUUCAAAACGUCCGGGAAGGGUCAUGAUGCCUUCUUUGAGGCUGGUGCCAUGCGUAUUCCUCUUUCACCACUGCAUUCAUGCGUGUUCGACAUGGUUCGAUAUCUCAACGAACACGACCUCGCCGGAGACAAGAUCGAGUUCAUCCCGUACGUCCUGCAACAUCCCAACAACAAAAUCUACCUCCAGGGCCGGGUCUGGGAUGCUACGGAUAAAUCACUUGGUGCUUCGAUGGGGUUACCUGAAGGGUUCCACGGAAAAACUGCGCGGGAGCUUCUAUUCCAGGUCAUGAGCCCCUGGAUUGAUCUUCUCAGCGAAAAUCUUGAGCGUGGACUAAUUGCAGUCCUUCGUUACGACCACAUGACAUUCCGGCAAUACCUCCGUGAUAUUGCAGAGUGGCCGGAUGAAGUCAUCGACUUCGUGGAGCUCGUGAUGAGCCAGACGAGCCAAUAUGACCAAGGCUUCACUGACUUGGUCCUGCAGACCAUGCACUUUGCUAACCCCGAAUGGGUAACUGUGAAAGGAGGACUGACCUGCAUCACGGAUGCAGCAGCGAAGGCACUUGGGCCGUCCAGUGUCUUUCGAAAUGCGCCUGUGACGGAGAUCCACGAGCUUCCCGACGGCAAGUUGGAGCUCGUGAUUGAAGGUAUUGCUCCCCAUAAAAGGCUCUUCGACAAGAUCAUUUUAGCUCUGCCUCCCGCAGCCAUUCAGAACAUUCGAGUACGGCCCAAGUGGUCCUUCAUGAAGGAGCGUGCCAUCCAGGCAAUUCACGAAGGCCCACUGUACAAGAUGGGCCUGCAUUUCCAGACCAGGUUCUGGGAACAGACAGCAUCACCUUGCUUUGGCGGCCAGACGCAGACGGACCUCCGUAUCAGAUGGAUCGUCUAUCCAUCCAACGAUCUGGGCUCCUCAGAUACCGGUUGUCUCAUGGUCUACGCGGGCAUGACGGACGCGCUUCGCUGGAGCUGGACCACACGGCAGCAGCGAGUGAAGUUGGCUUUGGAAGAUCUGAACACCUUUUUCCGCCAUCAAGGAGUUGACGUGUACAGCCAGUUCAUUGAGGCUUUUGACGUACACUGGCCCAGUGAGGUUGGUGGCGGUAACACGAUGUACCUUCCCGGUCAAUUCACGAGAUUCCACGACGUAAUGAAGCAACCAGAAGGCAACAUCUACUUUGCGGGAGAACACAUCUCACGGCAUCAUACCUGGGUCGCCGGAGGUAUUGAGUCUGCUCAUCAAACUGUGGAACAACUUCUGGGAGGCAUGCCACUCCCAGUCUUGGAUUUUUCGGCUGUCGAUUGA